CAUGGCCAAUCCCCCACUGUGGGUAUGCGCCACAACCUCUCAGGUCAACAACAACAACAACAACAACAACAGCCCGUCCCGCGAGCAAUGGCCUCGUUCUCUCACCGAUCAGCGCAGCCGGAAUCGAUGCCGCAACUACCAGCGUUCUUACCCAGGCCUCCGGCCUGGCGGCGGCCCCCUCCUGGCAUCCUCAAGACUCCACCGGGCUUCUUCAGCCUGCCCAGAAGACACUCCGCGAAGACUCUACGGUUCCAGGUGGACGAAAGAGCCGGUAGCCCGGCGUCCGGCGUCCGCCGGCAGUCUUACGCGAUGACACAGGACCUGGCGGGGGCUGGCAGUUCGGUCAUCGCAAGUGCCAGCGGCCCACCCAAAUCCCAGAGGAGUGAGUCCUCGUCACCAACGUCGACUGAGAGCAGUUCCGACGACAAGCCGUAUCCAAGGGGCGUGAAGCGUCGCCACUCACCGUCCCCGGCCGGCGGCCGCCGUAACAGCAGCGCUUGCGAAGUUGGCAGCGCGGCUCCCUACUGGAUGCCCGAGGAGAUCCGCCAUUACUUCCUCAACUACGACAACGACGAAGACGAGAGCGGGGACGGAAAGAUCCCGGACCUCAAGAAGGGUGCCACAGCCAGCGCGUCCGCUCUACAGCGUAUCGGCCUUGAGCGUCCACCGCAGGGCGAUGGUGUGAACGCUGACAGCUGGAAGCGGUUCGCCAGGCAGCCGCACUGCGUGCUCGUCGCGCUCUGCUUUGCCGCCGUGUUCGCGCUCAUCCUGGCGGCCAUGUCGUCGGACCUGUACUCCGGCCUGAUUCAUGGUGUCAAGGGAGACAAGCGGACAACCGCGGCGGCUGGUGCCAAUGGCGCCUACAGCAGAGCUGCAGAGCAGGGAAGUGCGUCAGGCAGAGUGGAGUCGCGGUCAAAAGAAGAGCGCCAAGGCGAAAAGGCAAAGAAAGCGGAGAGAGUCGGGGCCCGCCGUGACAAACGCCGAAACGAGGGUAUGGCCCUCGAUGAGAAAACAGAUGAGAAUGAGAAAUCAAGUGGCGACCUGGUUCUGGAAGGCGGAACGGGGUGGGACCAAACAGAAACCGACGUUGACAAAAGGAAACCUGCGCGGCCGAUGGUGACGGUAGAUCCCGCAGGCACAAGGGCAAACGCUGCCGAAGCUGUGCGCGGCUUGGAGGGCGUCGAGGCCAUCACAUUCCAAAGCCGGGUAAGAAUCGUAACUUAG